UUCCUGUGCGUCCGUAUAAAACACCAUCUCCUCUCUUGCUCUCUCACUCUCACUCUGAACACUGGAGGAGCAAAGAUCAGCAUCUUCAGACUCAGCAUCUCUUGGUCCAUGGCAACAACCGCAGUCAUGAAUGUAUGUAUCUGUUUGUGUGUCCUCCUGGCUGCUCUGUCCAGCAGUUCGCUGAGUCUGCCCUCUGAGUCCGUGUCACAGCGAGCCGAGGGUGAGGCUCUCGUGUCGGACAACCCGCCUCCCCCCUCAUCCCUCCACACACGCCAGACCCGCUCGGCCCCCGCGGGCCCCUCAGGGCACCUGGCCAACUUCGACCAGCUCCAGGAGGACGCAAACGCUCGAAACAGCCUGAGCCAGCUGCUGGCCAGACUCGUCUCCAGGAAAGGGUCCCCCUACGAGAUCAGAUCCUCCCUCAGCAGCAGGGCCAGCGGCCCGGCCCCCGUCCACAGGAUAAAGGACAGAGACUACCAGGGCUGGAUGGACUUUGGCAGACGCAGCGCAGAGGAGAGCGAAUACCCCUCCUAGAGGCGACACGCCUGAGUCACAGCCCCUUACCGCCGCCAACAAAAAGCCCACACAAAAUAAUGAGCCCUUUUCACACUGCACUUACCGUAACCAAGCGCUGAGCCGACAGCACCCGAGAGUGAGUUUGGCACCAUCGUGGAUAGAUGGAGGGAGGGAGGAGGUGGACACUGGAUCUCCCUGCUGAAGGGAAGGAGAGCUUCUCAAUCCGCUCCCCGUCGGAAUCGUACUCAAUCACAGAUGUUACAGAGAAUGCUUGAUAUUAUUCGAUAUGUUUGUUAUUGUCAUGAUAUCCAAUUCAACGUUUAUAACCGGCAGUGCUCGUUAGUUCUUUUUCCCAAUACUUUCUGACUCCUUUUGUUUGCCAAUUGAAAACAAAAAUCAUUAAAAACAGCUGACAAAUGAA